CUUCGGCGGAACCGCCGGACCCUCGAGUAGCGGCGGCAAGAACUUUGGCGUCGAGCUGCCCUCGCUCGACUGGCAGGGCCUCAAGCGGACGUGCGAGCGGCUGAAGAGCUGCCUGCAAGGGCGUGGCGAUGUUCCGGCUCCGGGUGGGCCGCCUCCACGGCCAGACUACCUGAGCAAGAAGCGGCUGCAGAUGGAGGAGUUUAUUGAGGCGCUGCGCCACGAGAUCUUUUACCAGUACAACGCCGCGCGCGCCGACCCGCAAGGCUACGCCGACACGACGCCCGGCUUGCCGCCGGCGGCCGCCGCACGGCUGAGAGCGAGGCAAGCGGUGCCGCCCUUUGCUGCCAUCUCUGGCGAGCUGACAGGCGAGGCGAUGAAGAAGGUGGCGCGGCUGGGCUAUGUCGAGGAGGAGCCGGACGAGAGACUCGGCGAGAAGCCGUACCUGCACUGCCUCGGCCGCGGGGGCAGGACCGACCAGAUGGACGAGAUGCGGGACGUUGUCGCCAACGCGACUGCGGUGAUCGCCGAGCUGCUGCUCGACGAGGACAAGCUGCCCGUCGCCUUUGACCCCUUCUUCACCGGCCUCGGCGUCGCCAUCGGCCCCAACCGAAAACACGGCACCGUCACCUGCAUCCACCUCGCGGAAGAGUGGGAGGACGACGACGACGUGCCAGACAUCUUUGGCGUCGGAAUGUGCCGCUGCUGCGUCUCGGGCAAGGGCAUCAUCAAACUCGAGGUUGAGUUCGUGCCGUGCUCCGUCAUGUGAGCGGCCGGCGCAGGCGCUUUGUACAACGUAGAGGCCGGGCGGGCGCCGGCGCGGCCUCAUUGCGCGGUUUACUGCUCAGGUUCCCGUCCCCCAGAGCACCGGAGCGCCGAGGUGCCAAGGGCCGCUGUAUGUAUGUAUCGAAGGUGAAGAACAGCCAUUAAUAAAA